GCACCUUUAUUACCAUCCUUCACUUUGAUAAUUAUUGGUUAUAGGCCUCUAGGUGCCCAAUCUCCUUUAGUUGGUUGGUAUUUAGCAAACAGCUAAGAUCACUGAUUGUUAUAUUAUAGUGGUUGGUGAUUCUUAGCGGCAUCAUUUUUCAUUAUGAAUGAAAAAGUUUUGGCAAGUAUGUUGUGAAAGCAAACGUUUUUUUUAAUAUUAUAUAUAUAUAUAUAUAUAUAUAUUAUAUUUCUUCACGAAAUGGAAUCAAUUGGUAAUAGCAUUAGUGUUGCAAAUUCUGUUGCGGGCUUGCUGUCAAACUUUGAUUAUAACCCAAAAAGCUAUGGGUUUCUUGAGUUGUAGUUACCUUUCUCUCUAAGGCAUUCUCCCGCUUUUUGAGCUGCAAGGAUCCCUCCAUAGUCUUUGUAACUUUUUACUGGUUGAUAAGAGCGGUCAGUCUGUAUUUUCUUCCUUCUAAUAUUAAUACAUCUAUCUCUGUUGAAAAAGAAAAGAGUGGCCGAGACACCACCUUUUAUAUUUUUGAUGUUGGUAAGUGAUUUUAGAGCUUUGCUUGAAGUGAUACUUUUUAGACAUGGGCUGUUUAGUUUUGGUAGAUAUUGAAGGCCGAUCCUGAAGUAGUCUUAAGUAAUAGGGGUCCAGUCUGCCCAAGUCAAGUCGAGUGCAUUUCCUUUCCCUUAUCCUAGUUUAGUUUAGUAUAGUUUGUGUUCUGCAAUAAAUAUAUUCUUUUUCUCUCUUAACAACAUAUUAUGUAUUUUAGGGGAUAACAUCACCCGUUCAUAUAUUCAUUAUGGAAAUAGAAAAUUGAAAUAACUUGUGUGGAAAAAUAUAUUGAAAACGUUAAGAUAAAAAGAAUGGAAACGUGAUGUGAUUUCUUUUGAGUCAUAAAUGGGAGGAGGGGGAUUCAAACUUGCUCUAUUAUUAGUCUAAAUCUGUGGGGGCACUUAAUUUGGAAUAAAUGUUAAAUUGAUUCAAUUUUUGCAGUAAAUUCUUAGUGCUCGAGUGAUGAAUUUAUUAAUAUCAUUAUAUUUCUCAUAUCUAAUUAGUACCAUUUAUUUUGAAAUUCAUUCAUAUAAUAUUUUUACACACUGUUGAUUUCUUUUUCAAAUGUAACUAUGAUGUAUUAAUGUGUGUUUAGUUGUCCUUAUGCAACAACAGUGGUCAUGGUGAUUAUCUCCAUUAUUGAGAAAGAUCAGAAGAGAUGGAAAAGUUACAAGUAAAAAUUGAAAAUGAUAUACUUUUGAUUUUAGAGCUAAUUUUAUAUUUGAUAUUCUAGACUGUAAAGAUAAUUUGUUUUAUAGAUCUCUUUUACUCGACAAAAAUUCAAGAAUCAAAAUGCUUUAAUUUAAGAUUUUAAAUAAUCUUAUUCUUAUGCUUCAUCAUUUUUGGAUUUUCAGAACAUUUCUCUUUUUUCUUCUUUCUUUCUUUCUUUUCACUCGCCCUUGUACCUCCCAUGAGAUUUUCUAACCGGUCAAGUCUUAGACGCGAGCCCGGAAGUGCCAUUUGAUGAAAGUAAGAUAUAGGCUUCUUCUCUACCUCUACCUCUACUCUCUGCAAAACACAGCGCUCUCUUCAGAGUAUUGUGAUUGUGGCGGCAAUAUACGAGCUAUACUGUUAAAUCUCGUCAUGGUAUGGCUGUAAAAGGCCUGUAAUCAGUGUCCGUGGCAUCGGUUACAAGGUGUUCGAUGUUUUGCCCAACUGAAAACUGAAUCCUUAUUUGUCAUUCCAAAUUCUGCUAUUCAAUAUGAGAUUAACCGUGUUGAGAAAACCUACUAGUCUCACCUCGUUAGUAAGUUCCUAUCUUCUUUCAAGGGCGUGUAAUUUCUGUUCAAAGGCUUCAACUUUUAAUGAUAAGACAAAUAGCAAUCCCGAGAAAACAUCACCAGCCCCGAAUUACUCUAGUAAUAUUCAUCUUUCUCCAUUGUUCAGCAGUGAAACACACUCUUUCAAUGCUUACAAUAUUGAGCUUGUGGACAAUGAUGCUUGGCAAGUUAAAUCAGGUUUAACCCAUAUGUGGCGAGGAUCAUUGGAUAGGGGAUUAACGGAAGCAAAUUCUGCUUCUGAAGCAUUUAAUGAGCAGGUUAAUGAUGGAGCAUCUUUGCAGGGUGAUUCUGAUUUUGAUGAGAUUGAUAAUAUGAGAAUUCGAGGCAAUCUUUUCUAUAAGCUUGAUAAAAAUUCCAAAGAGUUUGAAGAAUAUAAUUUUGAUUUUCACAGGAAGAGAUCUUCAAAUAAAAAGAAUGACAGUUCUAAAGAGAGCAAAGGUAAGGAAAACCCAAAAGCUGAAAAUCUUCCGAAGAAGACGGUCAGGAAUCAAAAGAUUUGUUCUUUACAUCUUAUCAAUGACAUGGAUGCUUCUAUUAAUGUUGCGAAAAAGAAAGUUAGAACACCAACUUUCAAUCAGCUUACAGGUCCUUACCAUGAGCCGUUUUGUUUGGAUAUUUACAUUUCAAAAGCUUCUGUUCGUGCCUGUGUUAUUCAUCGGGUUACAAGCAAGGUUGUGGCUGUGGCACAUUCAAUAUCGAAAGACUUAAAGUUUGACUUAUCUUCAACGAGGAAUGUAGCUGCUUGUGCUACUGUUGGAGCAGUUCUAGCUCAACGAGCUUUGGCUGAUGAUAUUCAUGAUGUCAUUUACACACCAAGAAAAGGAGAGAAAUUGGAAGGAAAGCUUCAGAUUGUGCUUCAGUCUAUCGUUGAUAAUGGCAUAAAUGUGAAAGUGAAGCUUAAGCAAAGGCAACGUGGAAAGGCUAGCCUCCCACAAAGUGCUUAAGCCUUGUUGCCUGGUGGUUCUGCGUGUUCUGACUCAUAAUUCAACCUGUAGGAUGGUAUUAUGGCUCUAGUAUUUUAUUGCAAGCAUCAUACUCUUGGUUCUUGGAACUGAUACAUUUCUGAGGCAAGACUAUGUCAAAUGCAUGUCUUUUGAGCCAAAAAUUUUCAGUUUACAGGUACUGAGAACAAUAAGGGUCUCCAUUGUCCUCGUCAAAUAGUACUAUUCCAAGUAUUUGAGUGUUGGGUUGAGUUGUAAUGGAGUUAGCAGUUCUGUUUUCUGAGACAAUGACUUGCAUGAAAGCCUCAGGGUUUCAUUAUU